AGCAGCGGCUCCAGUGGGGUUCUAGAGCGAGAGUCUAGGAACACGGAGCCAGAGACUCCGGCAGCCUGCGGCAGGGCAGCGGAGGUGGCGACCGAACCUGCCGGGAGAGAACCGAAGCGGCGGAGGCGAACUCAGGCGGCGGGAGGCAGCACGCCCGCGAGAGAGGGGGUGCUCCCUGAAGACAGGGAGGAAAAGAGGGGACCGGGUCCGGGUUAGAGGGCAGGGGUGCCGGCAUAAGGGCAGAGGGGGUCACUGACACCCCCUCCCCGGGAGCAGUCCUGAUAGUAUCUAUGUGGCUGGGAGGUUGCCCGGACAGCCACCCCUAAGGUGGGCAUGCCUGGAAUCACAGGAAAGCGUGAGCAUUGCCCCGGCUGGGUUAGGACCAGUGGUCACAAAGGUGAUAGGGGCUGCCUGGAAUGGAAGAAGAAAAUUUGAUACUACCCCCAUGGGACAACCUCUGCUCUUCACCCCACUAAGAGCCCUGGAUCUGAGAGUCCUGGGUAGAGCCUGCCCUAGCAGGGGGUUCUGUACCCUGUGCUGGAGACUCCCAGUUCCCCACCGCCCGGAAGGAAACCUCCUCCCUAAGUGAAAGAAAGCUAAGGGGAAAUCAAAGGGUUGAAGUCCUAGCUCAGCCAGUAAUUUACUGCUUGACCUUGGGCAAGUCACUGAAUUUUUGUAAGCCCUUUUCCCUCUUCUUCACAAUAAGGGGGCUGGAUUAGAUCGCUGAGGUCCCUUAAUUAUUUGGAGUCUUUGAGUGGAGAGCUGUGCCCAUUGCCCUGGGUGUACUCACUGGCAUGACCUAUAGACUUAACUCGUUGGCCCUGCUCUCUGUCCGUCCUGGUCUCCCCCAACCGGCCUGGUUCCUGCUAAAAGUUGAGUUGCAUCAGAUUGGGCAGGUGCCCUGAGACCUGGGAGAUAGAGGAGACAAAAGGCAUUUGGCUCAGUCCCCGAGACCAAGGCAGUAGAGUUCUGUGCCAUAGGGAGUAGGGAGAUAAGGAUGGAGGACUGGAUUGGAGCAGGCCCCUUUAGGUAGAGAAGGGGAGCUGAAUGGACAUUGCUCUUCUUGCCAUUCCACCUCCGUGUGAAACCUUGUUAUUGCACAGCGUCUCUCCCUUUUGCAUACCUUCCCACCUGAUCCCAGGUAACCUAAUGGACAUAUGCAGUCCAGGAGAAGGAAAUAUCUUUGGCUGAUACUGUCAGCCUCCUGGCUCCUCCUCAUCCUCUUAGCGGCUCCUCGGCUUCGACAGCUUGCCAUCCCCCCAAGUCUGAGACCCAAGACGCUGACCAGCUGGCCCCGAUGGCUGGAUCAGGAGCUUCUACUGAGUUUUGUGGGGCCUGAGGAGCUGAGCAAAGACCCCUGCCCACCCUCCUGUAGCACCCACCAGUGGCGGAAUCAGAGGCUUGGCUGCCUUAUGGAGACAUGCUUUGACACCUCCAGGUGCCAGAGCCAAGGCUUCAAGGUGUUUGUGUACCCCACUGGGCUGACCCAGCCCAUCUCCAAAGUUCACCAUAAAGUCCUGGCUUCCAUUGAGGGCUCCCGAUACCACACGGCCAACCCUGAGGAAGCUUGCCUCUUUGUCCUCCCAGGGGAUGCGCUGGGCCCCCAGCUGCUCCCGCUGUGGAAUGGAGGGCAGAAUCAUCUCAUUUUCCAUCUCCACCCAGGCUCUUGGCCUGAUCUGGGCUUUGACCCUGGGCAGGCCAUGGUGGCCAGAGCUAGCCCCACACCAGAGACCUUCAGGCUUGGCUUUGAUGUCUCCCUCCCCCUCUUCCCCCAGAGCUACCCACAGAGGGGAGGGAGUCAGAGCCAACUGACCCAUCUUAUUCCCACUCCUGGAGAAGACCUGUUGGCCUUUGAGGGCCAGUUAGACAUGUGGGUCACUGGCUCUUACAACCAGCGGGACCAGAAUGCUAUCUUGAUCCCAAGUGAUCGCCAUGGUGAAACCAGCAAAGGACACAGGGACGGGCCAUGUAAGCAGGACCAGACCACUGAGCAGUCUGAGGAUCAGAAACGUCUGUACAACUCUACCUUCUGUUUUAUUCCCCCGAAUUGCCGCCUGGGCUCCUUCCACCUCCUCCAGGCCCUGAAGGCAGGAUGCAUCCCUGUGGUAUUGAGCAGGGGCUGGGAGCUCCCCUUCUCUGAGGUCAUUGACUGGGGCACCGCAGCCAUCAUCAUUGAUGAGAGGCACCUGUAUCAGAUCAAGUCAGUCCUCCAAGGGCUUCCCCCUGCCCGGGUUCUCGCCCUCCGCCAGCAGACCCAGUUCUUGUGGGAUGCCUACUUUUCUUCAGUGGAGAAGAUUGUCUACACUACGCUGGAGAUCGUCAGAGACCGGAUCUUCCGAGCAGCCUCCCGGCCCCGGCUGUUGUGGAAUGCCCCUCCUGGGGGGCUCCUGGCCCUGCCCACCUUCUCCACACAUUUGGGAGACUUCCCCUUCUACUAUCUACGACAUGGCUCCCGUCCCUCUGGCAGAUUCAGUGCCCUGAUCUGGGUGGGGUCCCUGGACCAGCCCCCAGUGAAGCUGAUCCAGGAGGUGGCUGGCUCCCAGCAUUGUGCCCAGAUUCUGGUCCUCUGGAGCAAUGACAGUCCUCCUCCAGCCCAGGGGAAGUGGCCCCAGACUACAGUGCCCCUGACAGUCAUUGAAGGGAGGAAGAAGAAGAGUGACCGGUUCUUCCCUUAUAGCGCCAUCAGCACUGAUGCCAUCCUCAGCCUGGACGCCCACAGCGCCCUUUCAACCAGUGAGGUGAACUUUGCCUUUGUAGUGUGGCAGAGCUUCCCAGAACGGAUUGUGGGUUUCCAGACCCGGAGCCACUUCUGGGAUGAAACCAAAGGCUCCUGGGGCUACACAGACCAGAGGCCCAAUGAGUUCUCAGUGGUCCUCACAGCUGCUGCCUUCUACCACAGGUAUUACCAUAACCUCUUCACCCACUCCCUGCCUGCCCCACUAAGGGACCUUGUGGAUGAACUCUCGGCCUGUGAAGAUAUCUUGAUGAAUUUCCUUGUGGCUGAAGUCACCAAGCUCCCGCCCAUCAAAGUACCACAGCGGAAGCAGCUCCAGGAGGUACUCUCUCCACAGCAUCCUAGAGCUGAACAGCAGUUGAAAAAUUGCAUCAACAGAUUUGCCUCAUGGUUUGGCCGCAUGCCUCUGGUGCAUUCACAGCUUCGCCUGGACCCUGUACUCUUUAAGGACCAGGUGUCUGUCCUACGGAAGAAGUAUCGGCACUUGGAGAGACUUUAGGAGCUGGGGCAUUGCCCCAGGCACAGCUUCUCAAACUUGCCAAAAGCGCAGUGUGGGGAAAAAAGGUUCAGACCAGAUGGGGUGCACUGGGAACUUUCUACAUGGCUCCAGAGGACCAGUGGGGAACAUGGUAUGGAUGAGGCAUUGUAGUUUAAGAAUCUGGGUUCAUCUCCUUACUCUUCUACUUGCUGCAUGUGUGACCUGAGCAAAUCAUUUAACCUCUCUGGGUCUCGGUUUCCUGGUCUGUAAAAUAAGAGUGUUGCCUCUAA